GAGAACGUGCGGUGUGUGGCCUUCUCUGGAGAGGUACAGAACGAGGCUGAGCAACACUGAGCUAUCAUAAGAACCCACACUCUUCUCCCCCUUUUCCAAGACGACGACGUCAGUUACUUCACCACGAGAGCAAAAUCAUUCUGAGACUUUCUUCAUCAUAAAAUAAUGGUGGAUCCAUCACCCCAAGUCUCCUGGCAGAGCGCCUUUUGGGCACUUGUGCCACUUGCCCUGGUAACCAUGUUUCAGCCCUCUGGCAGAGUCUGCGGUUUCCACCCAAGGCUCAGGACAUAUCUCCGUGGAUCGCCGUUCAUCUGCGCUGCUGAUAGUCUUGCAAUUCUAUUUCGUUUUGCGAUUUACUGGAUCAGCGGAAGAUCGCCAUCCCUCGCCGCCCAAAUGAUCCUUUCCAUUCGCUUCUCUGCGAUUGACAAUGCAGAGGACGAGCCCUCCGAAACGAUACGGGAACUUGAGAAGUUAACCAUAAUCCGUUGGUUGGGGUUUCUCAUAGGAUCCCUCUCACAAGCUCUCAAGCUUACCGCUAUGCAAGGCAUUCCGUGGACAAGAUCAUGGGGGUACUGUUAUCUCACCUCGUUUGUCAUCAUCGAGCUUCUUAGUUUACGAGCCCCCUUCGUGGAGGACCCCCCGACAGCUGAGCCACAGCCAGUUAUAUCCGAGGGGAUACAACGUUUACUAUCCUUUGUGGAACGAUGGUUGGGCUACCUUGCGAUAAGUGCACAUAUAGCUUUCCUGGUCUGGGCAAUGCCAACAUGCUGGGGGGAGAUCUUGUGUAAGGUGGAGAAAGAAACAUCAAGACCAUCUCAAGCCCUCAGUCUGACGGUAUUCUUGUUGAGCGUAUUGGGUGCCUACUAUGUACCCAGAAUAUGGUUACAUACCCAGGGUACUGAAAUCUACGUGCAUCCCUCCCCCUCCCCAGGAUAUCCACUGCUCCUCAUGAUCCUCCCACCAGAUUUUAGUACGAUUAAAUGCACAUUGUACGAGAGGUUAGCGAGAAUGCUACCAAGUCAGCCUGCCCUGGUUCUACCUAUAGUAUAUACCGGCUUGGCCAUGACAAUCAUCUCCUGGGGGUCUAGCUUUUUGGUCUUAGGGUGGUUCUUUGUCGUUCCAUUCAUGACAAGAUCAUUUGAAGCAUAUGAUAUGGCUAUCUUCUGGUUGCCUAAACUGAUGUUCUUCAUUCUAUCAGUCGGGGGAGGCGGGCUUAUGUGUGCGUUCGGAUUAUCUAGGUUCCCGGUGCUGCGAAGGCAAUUGUUUUUUCUUCCUCCUAUGCAAUCUUCUGGUAUCUCUCAACCCGAACUACAAGCUUUGGGAAAUCUUGUGUUAUUAUUCGCUACUUUGACGCUUACCGCUCUCUGGUAUGCCUGGCAGUAUGAUCCUAAGGGAACAGUCAAGCCCAACUGGACAGAGAGGCUUGGUUGAAUCCAUUGCCUUAUCG